AUGUCCAUAUGUAGACAAACAUUAGGCGCGGCUGCGCUUGACGGCCUUCUUUAUGCAGUAGGUGGAUACAGUAGUCCGGAGUGUCUGGACACUGUUGAACGCUACGAUCCUUGGCGAAAUCAGUGGAUCCGUGUGGCAAGUUUGGGAACACGUCGUGAUGAUGUUUCCAUUUCCACACUAAACGGCUGUUUAUACGCCAUCGGAGGGUACGAUGGAAAUGCAACUUUGAAUACUGUGGAGAGAUUCGACCCACGAGUUGGUAAGUGGGAAGGGAUCGCUCCUAUGUGUACACGAAGAAAAAAGUUGGGAUCUGCAGUGAUUUGUGGCCAAUUGUAUGCGGUUGGAGGAUCCGAUGAAUCAUCCUGUUUAUGUUCAGCCGAAAAAUACAAUCCUUUAACUAAUGAAUGGACUACAGUGGCCGACAUGAAUAUCAAACGAGAAGGUGUGGCACUGGUCGUUGCCGGGAAACAGCUGUACGCUGUGGGUGGGAAUGAUGGCAGUACCAUUCAAGAGACCGUUGAAAUUUUUGAUUAUGAGACCAAUCAGUGGAGACAUCACAGUUGCAUGAAUCACGGACGAUUUCUACCGGGAGUGGCUGCUAUCCGAAAUGACGUAACAGUUCCAGCAGCAGCAGCGCCUGAACACGGUCGAAGACUUGCAGCGCAUUUCUCGCAGUUCUGUACUGACCUCAUAUAA